CAUCAGGAGAUCACGAGAGCGGCCGUAUCAUGGCGUCCAAGAGUCAACAGCGCCAGAUCCAGGUGCUGCUUACGCUGCAUGACGGUGAACGCUCGUUUGGAAUGUCUCUGGCUCAGAAAAGUCCAGCUCUUGGUCCCAAGUACACGGUGGUUUCCAGCGUCUUUGCCAACUCGCCUGCUGACCGCGCAGGUGUCCGCAAAGGAUACGUACUGCGGAGUAUCAACGACAAACCAGUUGGCGGUUUGACGGUUGCGCAGGUCGCUAAUCAUUUCCGCAACGUGGGGCAGGCUCGAAUUACACUGGAAGUUGUGGAGAGCACAGCGUCGCCUCGAACUUCGGCUUUUACAGCGGCAGCAACGUUCGGAGGUGCUACGACCCUGUCGAAUAGACCAGCGUUGCAGACUGAAGCGGGUUCUAACGCUCAGCGACCGAUUACCCCAGUGACGGGUUUUACUGCUGUGUCAUCAGGUAGGGCGAUAGCAGCUCCAGGAUCGGCAUUAGCAGUCCCGAGUCUUGCACCACCGAAGCAGCCAGCUCUGAGGCUUGUAGCGAAGCGUGCUGCAAAAUCGUUGGGAUUACAACCGCAGAGUGGGGUAUUUUCUUCUACGUCUGCAAGUGUCGCGAGUGCCGACGCGAAAACUGCGAGUGGGGGCAAUUCGAAGAGAAAAUCUGUGAAGCCGGUACUUCGUUUGGGACCAAAACCAAAGUCGGUGGCUUCUGAAAAAGCUGAAGAGAAGGUAGCCACAGCAUCCUCGGUAAAGACAGCCAACGCACCAGCAGCUGUUCAGUCUACUUCAUCAGCACCGGAGGUAGCCCAACCAAAAGCCACCACGAAGACUGGUAAGAAACGUCGGCGGCCGCAUCGCAAGAAUGCAGCACCAGCAAAUGGCACUACUAAUACAAGUAACAAGGGGAAGAGCAAGGCAAAGAAGGCAUCGAAGCACCAUCAGGAGAAGACUGAGAUGGAUACUUUUCUGGACGACGACGAAAUGCUCGACUUGUAUGCCUUUUCUUCGGACGCUGACGCAGAGCAGCCCCCAUCCCCAUCCGCGAAAGCUAAGCGCCGCACAGCAAAAGGCCGACGUCGAGGAGGUACCGACCGUCCUCGACACAGUCUCACUGUGGAUCGGCUGGUUGGAAUGGGCUUCACACAGGAAGACGCAGAGGCGAGCGUGAAAGAAAUUGGCGAUGACCCAGACGCCUGUAUGGUCUGGAUUAUAUCCAAGAUUGAGGAGAGACAAUUCACCGCGGACCUCAACCAAGCAUCAAUUCAAUCCGAACAGUCGAAACGUGACGAGGAGAAGCGAGUGAAGAAACUGGAGAAGGAGAUAUUAUCCAACGCGGAGAAGUUUAUGGCUCUCUUUCCAACAAAGCUUCCAGGUCGUACAUGCUGGAGCUUGCUGGACGUCUGGACACUGUGUUAG